AUGGCCGCUGGUGCCGCAAACCCUAACCAGAGCGACAACCUGCGAUAUGUUCUGCUACUCCCUUCCUACCAUCGAUAUCAUCAUCUCGUGGACGCAUCGCUGUACAAGGACGCCGUCACUUCCCGCGUUUUGACAUACCACUACUACUUCUCCCCUGCCCAGCCCUCCAACUCGACGCUACUGUUCUGCCAUGGCUUCCCAUCCACGUCCUGCGACUGGCAAUACAUUGCGCCUCGUCUGAACGACAAGGGCUACGGUGUGCUCACUCUGGACAUGCUCAGCUAUGACGGAACCGACAAGCACGCCGACCUGGCAGUGUACGUCCCGAGCCUGAUAUCCAAAGACACUGUUGAUGUCUUGGGUGCUGAGAAGCUUGAGAAGGUUAUUUACAUCGGCCAGGACUGUGGCUGCAAGGCGAUCUCGUGCCCCACGAACUAUUAUCACGAGCGCAUCCUCGACUAUGUCUUCCCCGCCACCUCCUUCGUACAAGCGCUUCCCCCGAUGGACUUCCAAGUGCUCCUGGAUUCUCAGCUCCCCAUCCACGUCUCGCGACUGGCGCCAUAUCGUGCCUCGUCUAAGGGCUGCGGCGCGCUCCCCCUCGGCAUGUUCGGCAUUGGCGAGACCGACAAGCCCAUCGACCCGGCGUCGUACGUCCUGAGUCUAACAUCGAGAGACAUUGCCGAUGUCUUGGACGCCGAGAAGCUUGACAAGGUUAAUGCUAUCGGCCAUGGUUGGGGCUGUAAGGCAGUCUCACACCUCACGAGCUACCAUCCCGAGCGUAUCUUCGCGUACGUCUUCCUCGGCAUCUCGUUCGUACAUGUAUCAGCCCCGAUGGACUUCCAGGAGUUCCCGGGCUCCCUGAAGCAACAGCUCGGGUGCAAGGCGUUCGGCUAAUGGAGAUUAUUGAGCGAUCCAGAUGCGAACGAAGUCAUCCAGGUGCAGGUAGGUGGUGGACGCG